CACAUCUACGAACCAUCACUCGCACAAUAUAAUUACGCGUCGGAGGAUUCACAUUUGUUUAUUAAAACUGCAGCUGAAUCAGAGAUCUCGAGGACUGGACACCAUGGAGUCCAGAGUUUCUACGCUUCUCGUGCUUUUCCUGAUACACUGUAGUGUCUCAGCGAGCGAGGAGUGCCCGUGCGUGCACCGCGAAGCCGACCCGCUCUUUCCCGGAGCCGACGGGACGCGCUGGGACUGUGAGUACUUGAAUGGCGGCCUGCUCGAGGUGCCCGCCUCCUGCUGGGACCUUCACCCCGACGUUACGCAGAUUUUUUUGGAUUACAACAAUAUUGCACACGUAGAUGUGAACAGUUUCAAGGGGCUCACACAGCUGCAAGUGCUUUCACUAGCUCACAACAACAUUGCUGGAAUUGAAGAGGGAGCACUUGGUGAUCUCACUUCCUUAAAGUUCUUGGAUAUGUCCAGUAACAAGAUCUUAGAUCCUCCUGUUGACAUGUGGAACUUGGCAAAACUGACUUUUCUUGACCUUUCGGAUAACCAUCUGACAGAAGUUCAGCACUAUAAUAUUUCAAAGCUAGUUAAUCUUGAAGUCCUUGACCUACACUUAAACCGUUUGCGACAAAUCCCCUACCACAGCCUUGAGCCUUUGUCCAAGUUACAAAAGCUCCACUUACACUGGAAUCAGUUUGUGGUCCUCCCCAUAGUACAUGAAAACCUUGAGUUAGAAGAGGUCCUUGUAAACGGUAAUGCCGUCCUAGACUUCCCAAAGGACAUGUUUGGUAACCUCACCAAGCCUCUAACAUAUCACUUUGUUGACAAUCCUGCAUUUGACGUUCAUGGUGCCAUGCUGUUGCCACUUCCUGAUCACAGUCAUAUUGUUAUGGGUAAUGAUGUGAGCAUAUGGGUUGACGAUGAGGCACAAGCUACUGAAAUUCUAAAUAAAAUCUGGGUUGUGAAGGACGGACUCUCUCAGGACAUUGACAUUAGUACCCUCAUCCGUAUCUGUGGCCUUGACAAACAAACAGGUCAUAUGCCACCAUGCUAAAGAUCAUUAUAAUGCUUGUAAAGAAUGAUGACUUA